AUCAAUAUGACGCAGUAGUCGUCCAGACACAAAUCAACGCAAGUUGAUUUUUUUCCCCAACGCCUUUAACAGUUGACUGAUUCAUUCUUGUCAUUUUUUGAAAAAGAAAUGUUUUCCGUCAUCCGUUCGAUCCGCUUUUGGUUGGCUCUGAUGAGCACGUCGUUGCUACUAGUCGACGCCAGUCCGCUAAACAAUCAACUUUCCGGAGGAAGUCCGCAGCCCAGGGACGAUGCGCUGGAUAAUUACGUCCGGCUGGUCAUCAACAACUUCUUUGCAGCGCUGGAAACUGGAAUCCCAGCUCUGGGCAUUCCCCCAAUGGACCCACUAUGGAUAGGCAACCUUACUGUUCCGACACUGACGGUCCAAGGAGGCCAUAUCGACGCAGCUAUUGCCAACACUGCGGUCCAUUAUCUUUCGACCCUGACGGUGACCACUUUGCAUAUCGACCUUAACGCAUUUAGAAUGGACUUGCGCUCCUUUAUGCCUUACAUGAAGAUCGACGGUCUGUACGACCUAGAAGGAAUCGCCUUGGUUGUCUUCCCACUUUACGGCAACGGGCCUUAUAGAAUUGAAGUCUUUGAUGUCAACAUGCUAGGCGGCGGAUCACUGGGCUUGGACGAAACAGGAAACUACUUGCAGUUGACUUCACUGGAGAUGGAUGCCACCUUCACAACCAUGGUCGUAUAUUUUGAAAAUCUACUCGGCGGAGGCGAUUUGGGAGAUACAAUCAACGACAUCAUCAGCGAACUUGGAAUGGCUAUCUUUGAGUUGGUGAAACCCGUCUUCAUUGAGGCCCUAACAACGGGUAUCAUGAAAGUUGUGAACGACGCUCUAUCCCACUACCCCAUUGGAAAUUUGACUGCGGCUGAGUUUGACGUCAACUGGCGUUAAGAGGAUGAGAGACAACCAUCCAUCAACAACAUCCGCUUUAAACAAUUAAUCGCCCAUUCAAUCGAGAAGUCUUAACGAGUUGGUGUAAUUAGUUCGGAACACGAGAAGAGAAUACACAGCAAGCAUAAUGUCACGCAUGA